UCAAAGAAGGCCAUUGUGCGUCCAAGAAAGAGGCGAGAAUUAUAAUUUAGAGGACAGUUUCCAAAGGACAAAACAGUUACAGUCUUCAAGGGUGACAUGGAAGAAAAGCAAAACUCACAAAUGAAAAUAGUUCUGUUCCCUGGAAACAAACCACAGCGUAUGCAGCCCAAACCUCAGGAGAGGGAGCAGUGGGGCAGUAAGAUCGAGUUCAUUCUGGCAGUGGCUGGACACAUAGUUGGUCUGGGAAAUGUCUGGAGGUUUCCUUACCUUUGCUACAAAAACGGAGGAGGAGUUUUUUUCAUCCCUUAUAUUUUGUUUUUGUUCACCUGUGGCAUCCCACUCUUCUUCCUGGAAACAUCUUUGGGCCAGUUCACCAGUCAAGGUGGGAUAACAUGUUGGAGAAAGAUCUGCCCUCUUUUCGAAGAUGCUUGUUUUGAGCACAGUCAUAACAAGUCAUCAUCCGUGCACCUGUAUGGAAAUGCUACAUCUUCAGUUGUAGAGUUUUGGGAGAGGAGAAUCUUGGGGUUGUCGGAUGGAAUUGAUAACAUUGGCAAUAUCCGCUGGGAUCUGGCUCUGUGCCUACUUCUUGCAUGGAUAUUGUGUUAUUUCUGUGUCUGGAAUGGAGUCAAGUCCACAGGAAAGGUAGUGUACUUCACUGCUACAUUUCCAUAUGUGAUGCUGGUGGUCUUACUUGUACGUGGUCUUACAUUGCCGGGAGCCAAAGAGGGCAUUAUGUUCUACCUUUACCCAGAUCCAUCACGCCUCGCUGAUCCAGAGGUGUGGAUGGAUGCCGGCAGCCAGAUAUUCUACUCUUAUGGAGUUUGCACAGGGGUUCUGACAUCAUUAGGAAGUUACAAUAAGUACAGCAACAAUUGCUAUAGGGACUGUAUUUCCCUGUGCCUGUUAAACAGUUUGACCAGCUUCGUUGCCGGCUUUGCCAUCUUCUCAGUGCUUGGUUUCAUGGCAAAGGAGCAAGGUGUGGAUAUAUCGAUGGUGGCUGAAUCAGGUCCAGGCUUGGCAUUCAUUGCAUAUCCUCGAGCCGUGGCUUUAAUGCCAUUGCCCCAGCUAUGGGCAAUUUCCUUCUUCGUCAUGAUCAUCUUCUUAGGGUUAGACAGCGAGUUUGUGUAUCAGGAGGCCCUGGUCACAACCAUCUCUGACAUGUACCCUACAUUCUUUCUAAACGCCUGUCGUCGUAAACUACUCCUCCUUCUCAUUUGUACUGGAGGUUUCUUGUUUGGACUUGUGAUGGUAACUGAGGGAGGACUUUAUGUUUUCCAAUUGUUCGACUACUAUGCCUGCAGCGGGAUGACUCUUCUGCUUUUUGCAAUUCUUCAGUCUGUUUGCAUUGGAUGGGUGUAUGGUGCAGAUCUUCAUUACGAUAAUGUAAAGGAUAUGAUUGGAUAUCAUCCAUGGCCUUUUAUGAAAUACUGUUGGAAGUACUUCACCCCAGCUAUCUGUACAUUCACAUUUUUGUUCUCCCUGAUCAAAUACACACCUCUUAAAUUCAACAAUACCUAUGAAUACCCAUGGUGGGGAUACGCCAUUGGUGGAUUCUUUACUCUCUCUUCCACGUUGCUGGUUCCUGGUUGGAUGCUGUACACUGUAAGCAUCACUCCAGGAACACUACAACAGAGACUGAAACUUCUGUGCACUCCAGCAAAUGACUUGUCAACUGCAGCAUCAAAGAAAGCCAAAAAUCAUGAAGCUUUUCAGACUUUUACAGACUUGCACACCCUACGCAAGACAGAGUACAGGUGACGGAUUUGACCAAACUCACAGAGACUCACUGUCAAACUCAUACUAAUUUAGUCCUCAGCUAAAAAUGAGAAAAAAAGGCUGCGGAAAUAGCAUCAGAAAAGAAAAAAUACAUAAAAUAACAAAGCAAAAAGAAGUGAAAUUGAACACUGCUUUUAGGCUAAAUAUUGUAGGGAACAAGCUCAAAUGGACACAAAAAUCCAAUAUGAAAUUUAUUGAAAUGUUACAUAGUACCUCCAUGUGUUUACUCAGGAUUUAUUUGUAGGGGCAUAUUUUGGUUGGAUUUCACCCAACCAUCAUAAAUGAUCCAAGAUGACAUUUUGAUGUGGGAGAAAAAAAAUAAAGUUAAUCCUUAAGAUUUUAGAGAACUCUGCUGGUAAACAAAGACCAUCCAUAGUCCAUGUAAAUAAAAAAAUCACAAGUUCUUAUAAUUUGUAUUAAAAAAAGCUGAGAUGUAGUUCACAAAAGUCUUUAACAGAACGUGAUACUGGCCUGGGUCUUUUGAGGGGAUUUGCAGUACUCUUGCUUCUGUUACCAUUCUACUUCCAAGGCAAAUUUGUGAACUUGAACAUGUGUGACAAGUUACACGAAAGGGACAUGUUCCUUUCGUGCAACUUGCCACUGUGUUCCUCUUUGUCUAAACAGGAACUGAUGGAGACCCUUGCUGUGUUUCUGUGAACUACUGGUUAGCCUGUGAGAUUGACUUUGGAACGGUCUCAGCAUUGACAGUUUGAAUGUUUUCUCUGUGUUUGUGGGGAUUUUCUCGGCAAACUUGCUCUUUUUCAUGCCUCCACUCUAACCCAUGUAAAUGGGUGACCUGUAAUUCCAAAUGGACUGUUGGUGUAAAUGUAAGUGUUUCUGUGGGCUAGCUUUGUGAUGAACUGAUAGCCAGGUGACAGAAAAAUGUUUUUCCCAUGGAAGACCAGGAUUUUUUCUUUAGGUUUUUUGCAUUUAGCUGACGCUUUUGUCAAAAGCGACUUACAAUGCAGACACAAUAAAACAGUUAUCACCGACCUAACAAUAAGCUCCAUGGAAGGAAAUCACUAAUCAGACUCUGUUAGAGACAUUAGUGUACAGAUAGAGGGAAGCACAGAAAGAGGAGUAGA